GAGAGAUCUAUUAAUAGAGUUAGGGCCGCCUGCUCCUUUAAGAGUCUCCUGCCUGUUGCGCACUCCGCAGAAUAAAUUGGGUGAAAUAAUGGUGAUCAGAGUUUUCCUCGCUUCCUCAUCGGGAUCCACUGCGAUCAAGAAGAAGCAGCAGGAUGUGGUGGCCUUCCUGGAGGCCCUCAAGGUCGAGUACGACCCGCUGGACAUCGCCUGCAACGAGGAGAACCGCAUGUGGAUGAGGGAGAACGUCCCCGAGGAGAAGAAGCCGGCCAACGGCAUCCCGCUGCCGCCGCAGAUCUUCAACGAAGAGAGCUACUGCGGGGACUACGAAACUUUCUUCGACGCCAAGGAGGACAACUCGGUGUACGCCUUCCUGGGGCUGGCUCCUCCCCCCGGCUCAAAGGAAGCGGCGCGGGCGGACGAGACCUCGCACGGCGUGGAGAACGGGAACCACGCGGAGGGAAACCUGGAUGACUCCACAGAGGUUCCAGUGGAGGAGCGUAACGGGAACACUCACCACGACGACGAGGAGGAGGAGGAGGAGGAGGGGGAGGGAGAUGAUGAGGAAGCCGCGGAAGACGAAACGGCCGGAGACGAGGAGGCGGCGGCGGCGGCGGCGGUAGAAGAAACAGACGAGGCCCACGGAGAGGAGGAGGAGGAGGACGAGGAGCAGGAGGAGGAGGAACUGCGUUAGUGGCGGCCGGUCGUCAGCGGUCGCGUCUGCGCGACAGAUCCGUGAUCGCUGUGAUAAUCCUCACGAACGCCCGCUGAUCUCUGAGGAGUUUCUGUUCACUGUCUCGUUUCCAAGUGGCACCUGAAAACCUGGAUAUCGCCAAACGGUUUAUUUUCCCGUCGCAGUGGUCUCACUUUCUUUUCUUUUCCCUCACAAAUGUAACGAACGGUCUUGAUUCAAUGUCACCUUGGAGGGGCGGUGAGCGAGUCGCAGCUAGUGUUAACCGUACUGUAUUGAAACUGUUCCUGCCCCUUUAACUCGCGUGUCUCUGGCAGAAAGUGUGUCUUGACUUCAUGGCCGGCCUUUUCUUGUUCGUUUUUUCUCUCCUAGGCUACGUGUCACCUACGUUCUCCUCUGUAGCUCGUGUCCGUCUGGGAUCUGAGUUUUGCAGCAGACUCCAAAGCGAGCAUCUAUUUUUUUUUUAUUUAGCAUUUCAAUAAUGUCUUUUCCUUUAAUUCGGGCAAAAAAAAAAAAAAAAUUCUGUGGAAAAUAUUAAGAAUAAAAAACCGGUGCAUUAAACACCUUUUGAAAAAGAAAUCUAUGACAAGAACAGUUUGGCUAAUACACAAUUACUAUUAAUGCACAAAAAUCAAGUUUAUAUUGCGAUAGACACACACACACACACACACACACAGCCUUUGACCCCGUCUUUGCCCUUGUGUCCAUCUCUUGGUUCUGCCCCCUGCAGGAGGAAGAGGAAUUGCAGUCAGAGGUAAACUGAGCGUCUGCGUCCUUCAACCUUUCUCUCCAUCACUCUCCUCCAUAUCACGUUUUGUUUUUCAAUAAUCCAUCCUGAUUUUUCCCUCUCUUUCUAACAUCCUGUUCCGCGUCUCUUCCCAGUUCUGUUGCCGCUCCCUGACAACCUCCACCAUCCCAUAGUUUCUGUGUUUUUCAAUCUGCAUGUCUGUGGUGCUCUCUUGCUCCCCACGCAGCUGCUGACCUGCUCUCUGUUAUUCU